UUAUUAAAUUGUUAAAAAUAAAUUUUCAUUUAAAAUAAAAACACAUUUCAAAUAGUUUAAUUUAUAAAUUAAAAACAAAACUAAAAAAUGGAAACAAAAACUAAAAAAUCGCUUUUAGAGCGUUAUGGAAUACCCAUAAAUCAUUUAGAUUUUCAAUAUAUAAAAGAGUGCAAUGAUGGUCGGGAAAUGGAAAAAAUUGUGCAUAUAUUAAGAUCCAAUGAAGAGGGUUAUUUUCCCGAUUUGACUAAAUGUGCAGAGGAUAAGCUUAGAGAGCUUAAACCGCAAAGUAGACUUUUUAGAGUAGAGGAAAAAAUAAAGGGUCGAGAAGCUUUAAACUCAGAUGAAAUAAAACCCAUUUAUGACUGGAAUCAUGAUAUUAAAAGUACCGAUAAACAGUUAUUAAAAUUAGUAAAAGAAAAUGCCUUAGAUGCAGCACAACUGCCUCCCAUACGCCAAGGAGGACGUAUACUACAAACAAAAAACCAAAAAGAAGAGACUAACAAAUCGGGGGUCUCUAAUAAAGAGUCUCAAAGAAUUAAAUCCACGGAUUACAGUAAAUGGGAUAAAUAUGAUGCUGAGGAGGAAAUAUUGCGUCUAGACUUGGCCGCAGAACGUGAACAGGAAGAUGUUGAACGUAAAAAUCGUUUAAAUAUGGAAAAAUGUUUAAAGAAACCACCUUUAACUAUAACCGAAAUAACUGAUGAUAAGGAGUUAGGGCCUUUAGAAAAAUGGUCUAAUUUAACGGAUAUAGAAAAAGAAAAGUUAUCGGAAGAAUAUCGUUUAAGAGGUAAUGAAUAUUUUCGAUCCAAAGAAUAUGACAAUGCUCUCGAGGAGUAUUCACGAGCUAUAGAGAUAUGUCCUCAUAAAGCGGUGGCUGCUUAUAAUAAUCGUGCUUUGACCUUUUUUAAGCUGCAAAAGUUUUUGGAUUCCAUUAAAGAUUGUGAGAAGUGCCUUAGUUUGGAGCCGUCAAAUUUAAAAGCUCGUUUACGUCUGGCGGAGGCUAGUUAUUCCUAUGGCAGAAAAAGAGAGUCCUAUCAACUUUACAUCGAUGUUCUCCAACUGGAUGCCGAAAAUUCUGUAGCCCUAAAAGCCACUACCGAAUUACGUAAACAAUUCGAAGAUUUGCCUCCACCUAAUGCUACACGUCUUAAAAUACAAGAUGAAUCAUCUAAAAACAAACCAGCCAUAAUAAAGGAAACCUCUAAACCCCAACCAAAGCCUAAGGCAAAAGAAUACGAUUUAGCCGAAUUGGUUAAACCGAAUCGUUUGGUUAAAAAUAAAUUUAUUAAAGCAGCCGAGACUUUGAGUAAAAAUAUACCAAACACGAAAGAUAAUAAAAAUAUUUCUCAAAAAAAAGUUCCACAUGAAAUUGACAAACAAAUGCAAAUACAACUUCCCGGUACAUAUCCAGCCCAUAGUGAGCUGAAAGGUAAAAAGCUUAUACAAGAACUUUAAAAAGCGAUUUUAUUUUAAAAUUAAAAAAAAUAUGUUUAAUAAAAAUAUUUUAAAUAAAAUUAUACUAAAUGUGAUUUCACUUGCGC